UGGUGUUGUUAUGCCAUGUUAUGUUUGUAAAGCAUAUAUACACAUAGCAACACACGUCAUUGUUAUUGCACAAUCAACUUAUGUACAUGUGCGUACAUUGUAAAACAGAUUUACUAUUACGUCUAGCUUAUACUCACGAGAUUAGUUUUUUUUUCACAGUUAGAGUUUGUAGCUAAGUAUGCAGCAAGCAGUUGGAAGAGAGCUACUGGUUAGUGCUUCAUCUCAACUCUUUGGAGGUACGGUUGUCCCCGCAACACAUGACUUUCAUUCUGCCCAGCACCAAAUCUUAUGCAUUGAUGAUGUGUUUGAAGCUUCACGUCAAGAGAUGCCAGCUGUGUACACUGAGGAACGUUUCGAUAUUAAGAUAAGGGUGUUACCUUCUAAAAGAAGCUUUCGCUAUACGGUACAGGGUGAAAACGUGAUUGGUGAAUUGAAAGAAACUAUUGAAGAUGAUAGAAAUAUCCCUGCCAACAAAAUAUCUUUAUUGUUUAAUGGAAGACUUCUUCGGGAUGAACAAACAUUCAAUGAAACAGGAAUAGGACCUGGCAGUAAUCUUCGAAUGCUCAUGCAGCAAAGGGGUGGAAAAUUUAACUUAGACCUGUCGCAACUUCAUCCUAAGUACGAUUACGACUUUACGCAUAAAAAACCGCAACCCAAAGAGAAGUAUGUAAGAGGAGGAUAUGUUUAUGAUCGUCCAUACGGCUGGAAUCGACUGGCUCUCAGGGUUCUUGGUAGGUACGAGAAUGACGUUUGGUUAGGUCCAAAUGGUAUUCGUACUCAUUCUGUACGCCGGGAAUGGCCUGUUUCAUAUCAUGGUACAAAAAGAGAGAGUGUGGAUGGAAUUCUUGAGUCUGGACUAUUCCCUGGGAAGCGAAAGGUUUAUGGCCAAGGAGUGUAUACUUGCCCAUCAAUUGAAGUGGUUGCACACAUGUAUGCUGACACUUUUAGACAUACAGAUGGUAAAAAGUAUCAAAUUAUUUUUCAAAAUCGUGUCAACCCAUCUUCAAGUCAUCUCACAAUCAUUGACCAGUCAACAACGCGUGUUAAAGCUGACUACUGGUUAUCCCCAUUGCAAGAUGUGAGCACAGACCAAAUUGAUGUUCGCCCUUACGGUAUUCUGUUUAGAAGAGCUUAAACUCUGAAGAACAGCCAUGUCUUUCUUCCUUUAGCUGUUGUUAAUUAGAUUAGAUCUAGUGCCAAGCUAUAUGUUUUAUCAUAAAGUUUUGUGUCAGGAUUCCUAGCUAUAUUUAAAUAUGUUGCUGAUUCAUUUACGACAAUUACGAUUACUUGUUUAGGGCCAAAAUGA